AGGCGUACUUCGAGAUGAGGCAGCCCCAAGAGGCGUUGCGGUCCUUAAUGGAGACCAUUGCCGACAUCUUCUACCAGACCAUGAGACCCCUGGUUUUGGCCUGCGAUUCCAUCGAUUCCCUACGGGAGAUCGGGGAUUCCUUGCAAACAGAUGUCUUGGAGCCGCAACGGCGAUCGAAGAUGGAUUUGGUGUCCUUCUUGGGAAUGGUGUAUCGCCUCCAUAAGGAUGUGCAGGAAAAACUCAUCUACAGGGUGGAAAUGUACAUUCGAGAUUCCAUCAAAGGGUACGUGCCGUCCAAUAGCGAUUUGGACUACCCGUGGGUCUUGUACAGCGCUGAGCGACAGGAGGAUCCACUGACAGAGUCUCAGACAGGCUGGUAUCCAUCGUUGCCUCGGACCUUGUCCAUCUUGGCGAAGAUUUACCGCGCCCUGGAGAUGUCCACAUUUCAGGGGAUUGCCCAGGAGGCCGUCGACCUUUGCAUGCAUACCUUGAAGGAGGCUUCUCAGAUCUUGGCCCGGAAGACUUUGCCCAGCUGUUCCGAUCGCAACAUGCAGGAC